AUGGCUCAUAAACCUAGUGCUCCGGUUGCAAACCCAAUAGAACAAACAGGAGCUGAUUAUCUUCAAACUCAUCGUAUUCCUGAACUUUUCCAUAAUCUUUCAGCAUCAUUGGUUUAUAAUAAACCAGAGGAUCCAAAAGCAUUUAUGAUUGAUUAUCUUGAACAAUUAAAAAAAGCUCGUAUAACUGGUGAAGCAUUGCCAUCACUUGUUCAAGAUACAGAUCUAACGUCUAUUUUUCGUAUGCUUGAUCCUGCUGGACAUGGUCAUAUAACCUAUUCACAAUAUAGUUCUACAAUGGAAGCUCUUGGUUUAAUAAAUUAUAAUACUUCACCACCUGGUAAAGAUAAUGAUCGAAUUACAUUUGAAACAUUUUCUCAAGAAGCAAGGAAACGACUUAAUGAACUGAAUUCGACUUUUAGUGUUUAA